UUCUCUUUCUCUUCGUAGUUCGAAACCAAAACGAAGAACAAGGCGUAACGCAAAAGUCAAACUAAAGUCAACGCGGCGGCGGUUAGGCGCCCACCCACCCACCCCAAAGCCCGAUGGAUGCGCCCCGCGGCGGCCACGCGCGGCGGCCGGGCCCCUCCGGCGAGGCGGCGAACCAGCGCCGCGCGGCCGCGGCUCAAGCGAUGGCGCGCAUGGAGGAGAUGAUGCUCGCGCACGCAGGCGCCGCCGGCGAGUUCAGCAUCAUCCUCGACGCCCCUCUGCCUUCGCUGCAGCAGUACCGCCGCCACCCCACGCCGCCGUCGGGGGCCCCCUCGGCCUCGUCCGCCAACUCCUCCCCGUUCCGACGCGGCGGCGGCGGAGGGCGGGACGAGGGAGUCCCCGCGCGCUUGCGCCGCGACGGGAGCGGCCACGACGCCCUCGGCGACCCGGUCACCGCCGCGCGCGCCUCUCGCCACGGCGCGGCCGAUGGAACGGGCGCAGGCGCCGCACGGCCGCGAGCGGGUGGCGCGCGCCGCGAGCGCGAGCAGGAGAAGCCCGUAGAGGCGCCGGUGCGGCUGACGGACCCGCGGAGCGUGCGGAGGCCUGUCUCUCGCGGCGAGACGCCUCCCCCGACGGCCGCCGAGGUGAGACGCGUGGCGGAUCAGGAGGAGGAAGAAGAGACGCCUCUUAAGCUGCUGGCGCGCGGCGGGCGGAGCUCAAGCGCGGCUAGGCCUGCAGAAGCCUCGCAAGCGUCAGAGACGGUCCCUACGGCCGCAAGGCCGUCGAGCCGGCGGUCGAGGCGGGACGUCGGCGCGAAGCAAGGUUUGUCUGAGGUAACGUCGAACGUGGACUCCGACGUGGAGAGUGUCGGGCGCCGGAGCAGCCGAGGGAGCGAGGACGGUGGGGAUGAGCGGGUGUCGUUGCCCAUGCCACUGGCAGCCGUCGUCGCCAGAGACCGGAGCAGGAGCAAUUCGCCCGCGAUAAGUCGGAAUGGUGUGGACUCAGCUGCAGCGAAUCGCACUCCAUCAACAGGAAGGUCAACCUUUGCACCUCCAGUUGGCGUUAGUGUGAGGCCUCUACAAGCUGUGGAAAUUCCCAAUGGGACACCUAGGGAUAGAAGGGCUGUUUAUCCCGAUCCUACUUUCGCCCAGUCCACACGGUCACGGGACUCACAUGACAGUUCAACACUGACAGAAGAGCUUGAAAUGCUAAAAGAUGAGAAUGUAAAUCUUCUGGAGAAGCUUGGGCUAGCAGAAGAGAAACUUAGACAAUCUGAAGCCCGGACAACAGAGCUCGAGAAACAGGUUGCUAAUCUUGGCAAUGGGUUAUCUAUGGAAGUAAAGCUUAUGAAAAGGAGGGAGGAAAUGCUUGUAAGAAAGGAGCAAGAGAUAAGAAAAGCUCUUAUAUCCAAGAAUGGUAAAAGCGAGGAACUCACCACUCUUCAGCAACAGCUACAGUCUGCAAGAGAAGAAGCAUCGGCUGCUGUGAAGAAACUCAAAGAAGCUGAAUCCGAAACACAAGAGUUACAUACAAUGACACGCAGGAUGAUCUUAAGCAAAGAAGAAAUGGAAGAGGUUGUCAUGAAGAGGUGUUGGUUAGCCCGUUAUUGGGGUUUGGCUGUCCAAUAUGGCAUCUAUCCAGACAUCUCAAUGUCAAAACAUGAAUACUGGUCUUCACUUGCACCUCUUCCAUUUGAGUAUGUAACAUCUGCUGGACAGAGAGCCAAGGAUGGAUCCGAAGCAGAAGGUAAUGGUUUGGAAGACGUGGACAAGCUUGUUCAUGAUUUGACUGUUACAGCAGGGGAAGGCAACGUAGAAACCAUGCUUGCUGUUGAUAAAGGACUUCAAGAACUAGCUUUCCUGAAGGUGGAGGAUGCGGUACUUUUUGCCCUUGCCCAACACCAUCGUACUAAUGUUGCUGGAGCAGCUGAUCCAGAUAUUAAAUCAUCUGGGGAUGAAAAAUUCACUGAGGCAUUUGACCUAAGCAAGGAGGAGGAAGAAGAUGUACAGUUCAAGCAGGCUUGGCUCAUAUUUUUCUGGAGGAGGGCUAAGACCAACAACGUGGAAGAAGAUAUUGCCGAGGAGCGAUUGCACAUGUGGAUCGAUCGACACGGCCAGCAACCAACGUCACAUGACGCUGUGGAUGUUGAGCAAGGCAUACACGAGCUGAGGAAGCUUGGCAUCGAGCAGCUCCUGUGGGAGCUCUCCCGCCACGAGGCGAACCUUGCCAAAGACAGUCCAUCUGAUGUCGAGGACCUGACCUAACAGUAACAGCCUGAGCGGACGACGGUGGCCAUCUCCCACCCAAAUGCAGUCCAGGCUCCAGCCAUAUAUUUGUAUAUCAUACAGAUAACUGGGACAUGUAAACAUUUUUUGUGGUUUUGGUUUUUCAGCUUUGUCACAAACAGUUCACUGACUCUCCCCGAUGUACAUAACUUCCACCCCCCGCUUUUGUUGUUUGUAAAAGGCAGCUUGAGGUGUGCAA